AUCAGAAAUGCAGUAAUGACUCCUGCCGCCCCACCUUGACUCUUUUAUAUUUCAUCCAGCAGACAACAAAGCAACCAGUGACAUCCUGUAGUCUUUCCCGUGGAUGUGAUAAAAGCACACAGCAAAACAGUGGCAGAGCGAAGAGAAAGAAAGACAAUAAGACAUGGCACAAGUACUGGAUGUGGCCUACACGGACUUUCAAUGCCAGAAGAACAACAAAUUGCAUCAUACGAUAGAAAUUAGCGACAGGCGUCUUAUCCUUCGCAGAGGACAGCCGUUUUCAAUAGUCAUACACUUCAAAACAAGAGGAUUUGAAGAAGGGACAGACAACAUUCUCUGCAUUGCUGAGACAGGACCGUGGCCUGACCAACCUUCUGGAACAAAAGUUGUAUUCCCUAUAACAAAGGCUUUAAACAGAAGAGCCUGGAGCGCAGCGGUGGAGUCCAAUGGAUCCGACUCAAUGGUGAUGGUCAUCAUGCCGUCAUCCAAUGCUAUUAUUGGACAAUACUCUCUAAAGGUUCAAUUUUCUAUGGGUAAAAAAGCCACAGUUUAUCAGCUAGGAGUGUUUGCUUUGCUAUUCAACCCCUGGUGCGCAGAUGAUGACGUCUUCCUGGAUAAUGAAGCCAAGAGGCAGGAAUACAUCAUUAAUGACUACGGGUUUAUUUAUCAAGGCAACCACAACUGGAUCACUCCUUCUCCAUGGAACUUUGGGCAGCUUGAAGAAGACAUCUUGGAUAUAAGCUUUAAGCUGUUAGACAAGAAUUUAAAUUACCUACAAGAUGCUUUUAAGGAUUUAUCUAGUAGAAAUAAUCCUGUAUACAUAAGUCGAAUAGUGUGUGCCAUGAUUAACUCCAAUGAUGAUAAUGGAGUCAUUCAAGGAAACUGGAGUGAAAAAUAUGAAAAUGGCACCUGUCCUUCCUCGUGGAAUGGGAGUGUUGCCAUUUUAAGACAAUGGUUCAAGGCAGACUGCCACCCAGUCAAAUAUGGCCAGUGCUGGGUCUUUGCUGCAGUCAUGUGUACAGUAAUGAGAUGUUUAGGAAUUCCAACCCGAGUUGUAACAAACUUCGACUCUGCUCACGAUACCAAUAGCAAUCUUGUAAUUGAUGAAUAUUAUGAUUCAACUGGCAAGAAGCUCCCCCAGGAAAGCCGUGACAGCAUCUGGAACUUCCAUGUCUGGUGUGAGUGCUGGAUGGCAAGAAGAGACUUGCCCCUAGGCUAUGGAGGAUGGCAAGUUCUAGAUCCAACUCCACAGGAGACAAGUGAUGGUAUUUACUGCUGUGGCCCUGCCUCUGUAAAAGCCAUAAGAGAAGGGGAUGUCCACCUGAACUAUGAUUGCCCAUUCGUCUUUUCCAUGGUGAAUGCAGAUUGUGUGUCAUGGAUAUUAUAUGGGACAAAGAAAGAAAAGCAUUUUUCUGAUCCCCAUUAUGUUGGAAAUCAUAUCAGCACAAAGUGUGUUGGAACAGAUGAACGAGAAGACAUCACUGACAACUAUAAAUAUGAUGAAGGAACCAUUGAAGAAAGAAAAGUGAACCUAAAAGCACUAAGAAGACUAAAACAGAGAGACACUAUGAUGCACUCUAAUGGUGGUGCAUACUCUAGCAAUACCAAUGACUUUGCUGUUAAUGGCGUUCAACCUGGGGAAGGAAACGCAUCUCAGAAUGGAUCCCUCAAUGAACAUCGGAAUCCCCCAUUGCAAGAUGUUAAACUGAUUCUAAAGUUUAAACUGGUGGAGUCUCCACAGCUGGGACAAACAAUAAACUUAGCCUUACAAGCUGCUAACUUACGUUCUGUUGCCAAGACCCUGAAGCUGUGUUUUAGUGCACAAGCUGUGAAGCACACAGGCAAACCUGGACACCAGUUCUGGAAGGAAUCCAAGUACAUUGAUUUUGAGCCCAGUGAAGAGAAAUGGACCUUUUUCCGAAUCCCAUUUUCACAAUAUGGAAAGUACCUUGAUGACAACAACUUGAUAAGAGUGACAGCUGUUGGCGAGCAGAACGUGACCUGGGAGAAACUUCUAGUACAAAAGGAUAUUAACCUGGCUCUUCCACAAAUCGUGAUCAAUUUCCUGGGGUCUCCUGUAGUGAACAAACCAUGCAAGGUGCGUCUGAUGUUCUCCAAUCCCCUUGAUGAAGACAUUAAAGACUGUCUACUGGUAAUUGAAGGCAGUGGUCUGAUGAAGACUCAACUUAAAGUAAUUGUUGACACCAUGAAGAGGAAGCAAAAAUCAGUUUUGGAAUUUGAGGUGGUUCCCUGCAAGCCAGGCCUCAAACAGCUCCAAGUGAACUUCAGUAGCAACAAGUUUCAGGUCCUGAAAGGCUACAAGACCGUUGUAGUCAACCCUGCAUAACCCCGCGAUCUACAAUAUCACAGUUUUAGUAAAGAUAGAGUUAAUAUUUCCAGGACCAAAAUGGACUUUUCCAGUUGUGGUUGGUGGAGUUUGGGAAAAGGGAAUUUGUAAAGCCUUCUAGAUCUUUUGAGAUGCACUGAUGGGGAU